AUGAUUAAGAUCGAACCACUUGAGAAAGAGGGCGACAUCAUCAAGGAAAUGUGCGAUCUCAUUGAGGCUUUCAAAGUUCCAACACCGCCAGAAGAUCUUGCAGUCUUCCAGACGCUUUAUCCCUCCAUUGACCGCGCCAAAAAUGCAAUUGACAAAGCUAUUGCUGAACACGACGGCAACAUUGACAAGUUCUGUGCCGUGCUCGACAAAGAUAUUGCUGAACUUCUGCGUGAUGUCCAUGAAGCCAAGCAGGCAAUUCACGUAAGCAAUUCUGUUGCAUUUACUGGCCUACGGAGAAUGGAUGCACUUUUUCCCACCUUCCCAAUGGUAUAG